AUGCGCCAUCUAGAAGUUUUCCCCCGCGCAUCAGUGCUAGGGUUUACUAGUUUGAGAGAGGAGGCGACGACCAGGCAGGUGACAGAAGGAGAGGGAGUCUGCAACACUCUGCUCUUCAACACACACACACACUACCGGGCGGAGGUUAUCUCCACGAGCGUACCUUCUCCAAGCAAAACCGCUGAUCUCCACGCGAAUUCUCCCUCUUACACACACAGUGCUGCUGUUUUGAGUUUUUACUCCAGUGGCGAGUUUGGAGUGGAUUUUCGGCAAUUUGGGUCUUGCACCACUCAAAGUUGGAUGUGUUGAACGCACUUUUUGCGUGUAAAGUUUUUGUUACUGAGUAAAUCACCCGAGGAGUCCAGGAGAGAGCGGUGUCUUUCUGUGCAGAAUGGAGGAUGAAAAAACGGCCUCAGGUUUGUGGCGAGGAACCCUGCAGUGUGGAUGUUACCACAGGUAGAACACGCUCUGAGUUCAAGGUGUCACCGCUGUAGGAUCAUAUCUCUCCCCACCUCUCACCAGUUAAUGUGUUUACCUGCGCUUUACACACUAGUGCCAGCCCGUCGGAAGCUCUACAAAGCCUAAGAAACCUCUACAACGCUGCAAGGAAACUUUGAAGGAUAAAGCUACCGCUAUCAAUCCUCCCAACCAUCAAAAGAGCGUCGGCAACAGUUUAUUACAGCUGACGUUUCUGGCCACUGGCACUUUUUAGUUGCUUGUGAAUGUUUUAUUUGUCAUGAAGUGUUUCCGCGGAUUCACGCCCACGUUUGUUAAAGGCUCUAAUUAUUAAUAUCGCUGCUGGACAUUGUAAAUAACCUCGGUCGUCUCUGCAAGAGCUCUCCUCUCCGCUGUCCCGCGCUCACAGAGCGCAUUCGUCGAUAACGGAUCGCCUAUGCCAGUCUUCCGAUACUGAGCCACAGGACUACCACGGUUACUGCCACCUUCCUCCAUUACACACCGGACACUAUCCCGUACAACCCCGAUUUAGCACUAACUGCUUUGGAUUGCAACCGACCUGAGUCCCCGGUAUAGGUAAAAGGACUCUCGAGCCCACUAAGGCCUUGGCACUGGAAUUAUUCGUUUAAUAGUCAUCUCCCCAAAGUGGAUUAUCGUUCGUAAAGCACUGUUUUCCGUGAGCUGUUCCGGUAACUGAUCCAGUAUGUUGUUCCUGCGGCGGCUGGUGCAUGUGUGCUGUCCCUCGGCACCGGCGGGGAGUGUGUUGGACUCCAGACACUGUGUGUUCGCCCUCACACUCCUCACACUACUCCUGCAGGUGGUGGUGGAGGCCAAUUCAUGGUGGUCUCUAGCCAUGAACCCUCUGCUGAUCCCCGAGGCAUACAUCAUCGGUGCCCAGCCUCUGUGCAGCCAGCUGGUGGGUCUAUCCCAGGGCCAGAAGAAGCUGUGCCAGCUCUACCAGGACCACAUGCAGUACAUCGGCGAGGGCGCCAAGACGGGCAUCAGGGAGUGCCAGUACCAGUUCAGACACCGGCGGUGGAACUGCAGCACCGUGGACAACUCCUCCGUGUUCGGACGGGUCAUGCAGAUAGGAAGCAGAGAAACAGCGUUUACGUAUGCCAUCAGCGCGGCAGGGGUGGUCAACGCAGUGAGCAGGGCCUGCAGAGAAGGGGAGCUGUCGAGCUGCGGCUGCAGCCGCGCUGCACGUCCCAAAGACCUGCCUCGUGAUUGGCUGUGGGGCGGCUGCGGGGACAACCUGAACUAUGGCUACAGGUUCUCUAAAGAGUUUGUUGACGCGCGGGAGCGGGAGAAGAGCUACGCCAAGGGAUCCUUCGAGAGUGCCCGGCUGAUGAUGAACCUACACAAUAACGAGGCUGGACGGAGGACGGUGUCGGACCUGGCCCAUGUCUCCUGUAAGUGCCAUGGCGUGUCGGGCUCCUGCAGUCUGAAGACGUGCUGGCUGCAGCUGGCAGACUUCCGCAAGGUGGGCGAGACCCUGAAGGAGAAGUACGACAGCGCAGCCUCCAUGAAGCUCAACUCGCGUGGCAAGCUGGUGCAGCGAGACAGCAAGUUCAACCCCCCCACCAGCCAUGACCUGGUCUACAUCGAGUCCAGCCCAGACUACUGCCUGUCCAACCAGAGCACAGGCUCCCUGGGUACUGUAGGCAGGCUGUGCAAUAAGACGUCGGAGGGCAUGGAUGGCUGUGAGCUGAUGUGCUGCGGCCGGGGCUACGACCAGUACAAGGCCCAGAUCGUGGAGCGAUGCCACUGCAAGUUCCACUGGUGCUGCUACGUCAAGUGCAAGCGCUGCACCAAAACCGUGGACCAGUUCGUCUGCAAGUGAGGAGGAGGAGGAGAUGAAGAGUGUGUGUUCGUGCAAGUGUGCAUGCGUGUGUGUAUCCAGAGAGGCGGAACGAAGGAGGCGAAGAGAGCAAGAGGAAGAAAGAAAAAGAAAAAAACUAUAUAAAUUAUAUUUAUAGAGUUAAACAAUUAUACCAUUGCAAAAGACUGAUACUUUCUUUUCCAUGUAAUAGUUCAAAAAAUGUAAUGCCUUCCGAAACUGAAAAUAUGGUGAAAUAUUUAUUUUCUGAGAUUGUUUUUGCCCGAUCAUCCAAAGCUAAUUUUUAAUUAAUCCCCAGGCCUGGAGACCAGCAGCCAUUCUUUUUUAAACUCUAAAUAUGACCCAUAACAGGGCUCCCCAAUAGGUGGCUCCCCAAUAGGUGUCUCCCCAAUAGGUGGUUCCCCACAGGUGAUUUUAGUAGCCCCCCCCCCCAAGUUUUCUGAGCAAAUAAAAAGACAAAUUAUAAUUUCGUUGUUGAAUUUAAGACUAAAAUCACAGGGAAAUCAGCUCAAAGUGAUUUUUAAUUUAGGAAAUCUGUUCCCAAGUAUUCCAACACAUAAAUAGAGAGACAAAUGUGAUCGUAUCCCAAUGUAAUCAAGUUUUGAAAUGAUUCUGUUUUUGCCAAAUACUGUAUCUGUUUUGGAUUCUUACAGUCAAUUUGCAGUGUACAAAUUAUUUAUAACUAUGUCUGCCCCCUCGACCAUCCGCUCAAGGAAAAAUCGGCCCACGGCUGAAUGUAAUUGGGGACCCCAGUCCUAUAGCUUAUAUUUGGCUAGUCCAAUGGGUCACCAUGACUGUGAAAUGGGAGCUUCUCUCCUGUUUCAUAACCCUAGAUUAGUUAAAUGUUGUGCUUGAUGGAGAACGCUGAAUGCCCACAGUCUUAGCUGUUGAAUCUGGGGCUGCCGGUAAGAGGUGAAUGUUUACUUCCAUGUUUUUGUCACUAUAGGGUGGUUAGACCUAAAUCAAGCCUCCACUGGACAUUCUUAAAUCUGGUUCUAUAGGUACUCAUGGACCCCAUCCUAAACCUUAGCCCUAGUCCCUUAAAUUGCCUCUGUCUAAAUCAAACAAGGGCCUAGGAAAGUGGGAAUGUUUUGGGUUGGGGUUAGUUCCAUCCUGGAAGGUAUCCCACAAGGCCUAGUUCUUCCCAGGUGCCCCAGCUAGUCCUCCCAAACACAUUCAGCAUAUGCACUUUGACCCUGAGGCCUUAGCCCAUUUGCAUGAUUUGUUUGUUUUGAACUACAGUGCAUUGUCUGUAAUAUACCAUAUUAUAGUCUACUUUCUCCAUAUUAAAACAGAUAUCCACUUAACAUAUAAGAUGCUACUUUCAAUGUUUAAAUAUACAGUAGAUGAGCAAUGUUGUGGUUAUGAUGGUGAAAUCCCACAUGUUCUAUAAGGUAUAUGGUAGGUCUAACCAACCAAUCACUUAUUAAAUUGUAUGUAUUUAUUUUAUUUUAUCCAGAUUUAUUUUAAGCUUCCAGAUAGCGCUGUGGGUUUUUUCUAUUUCAGUCAAUGCAUUUAAAUCCUACACUUUGUUACAUACAAUAUUUUCAGGUCACUUAUCAUUUGUUUUCACAUUUAAGGAUAUGUUACACAUGAAUUUGGUUCCGCAGCGUUGUUUUUGUAAAGGGAAAUGCCCCUUGUUCUAAAACACCCGUUCAUUGUGUUACCCAUGUCCAAGCCUUCACAGAUGAUUCAUUAGCCUUCACUUGUUGCCACAAACUUCUUAAUAUCCCUCAGUCCUCCACACUAUCCCUGUGAUCAUCUUCAUUAAAAACAUCGUUGCUAUAUGUUAUAUCAAUCCAAACUGUAUAUUUAUUCACUUCUCAAUUAAUUGAGGUUUGCAAAACGUAUUUCUUAUAGCUGUUAUUUUGUUACUUUCUUUGUUUCAAUAAAUAUUCUACGUAAACCUGCUGAACAGUUGUAACUUUCAAUACACAUCUACUCUGGUAUAGUUAGUAGUUUAUAGUUUUAUAGUUAUUAUAGUUAGUAGAUAGUUUGGUUAAAUUCAACUCCACAUUUGAAACUAAGAUUGUAAUUAGCCCCCCCUCCCCUCCUUACAACAUUUAGAAUAUUAUGUAUAUUUCCCACUAUCCUGGUGCUCGGAGAGAAAUCGACUGUUAUUUGUUCUUGUGUGUGUACAGAAUUAAUGUAGGGAAGAUUUUGUCUGUAUUUGUAUAUUUUAUUCUGAACUAUGAAUUGUCUACUUUUGACGGAGUAGGAUACAUUGAUUCUAAAAGUUAAUAAUAUGAUCAAAUCAAACAUGUCAUUAAAUAAAUGUAUCUGGAACCUC